GCAGUUGCUCGGAGCGCAGUUGCUGUUCUUCUCUUCACCCGCAAUUUCCUUCGUCGCCCUUAACAAUGCAGAUCUUCUUGAAAAUCUUGACUGGCAAGAUCAUCACCCUCAAGGUCAAGUCCAGUGACACCAUCGAGAAUGUCAAGGCCAAGAUCCAAGACAAAGAGGGCAUCCUCCCUGACCAGCAGCAGCUGAUCUUUGCCAGCAAGCAGCUGGAAGAUGAGUGCACCCUGUCCGACUACAACAUCCAGAAAGAGUCCAUUCUGUACCUGGUUCUGCGCUUAAGAGGAGGUGUCUAAGUUAUCCUUUUUAAACUUUCAACCAAUUUAAAUUGCACUUUUCUUUCAAUAAAGUUGUUGCAUUA